AUGUGGCCGGUACAGCGGCGAUGGUCGCUUUCUUCCAAAACCCGCCCUCCGCCGGCGGCGUUAUCCUCCUCAAACAACAACCCGUCCAAGGACGGCGGCGGGCGCUCUGCUCACCGCCCCAAGCACCACCACAACCACCCUUCCUCUUCAUCAGCAUCCGCAGCAGUAACCGAAGAACGUAGAAAGAUCGAGCUCAUCGACCUCGACUUCCCCAUCACCGGCCGGCACAACGUCAAAAUCAGCAUCAAAGAGAACUCCCCCCUGAGCCACGUGACCGACGGCCUCAAGAAGAAAUACUCAACCGACGGCAAAGCCACCACAAGCCACCACCACCACCACCACCACCACAGCAAAAGCCACCGGAUCCCCGAAGACGCCACCGUGGAGCUGUACCAGGUGGACCGCCUGCUGACCUGCUCCGACGAGAUCCCCAGACGCACCUCCUCGCUCUUCUACCGCGUGCUCCCCGCCGGCGACGACGCCAGCGCCCUGCGCAUCACCUGGCGGUGCCCCACCCUCAAGCUCCGGCGCACGCAGCUCGAGACGCUGGCGCGCGAGGCCGGCGCCGCGGGGACGUCGAUCGGCAGCCUGCGGGAGAGCGCCGCCGCGCUCCUACGCGCCGCGAACCCGGGGAAGGCGGACCUCGUGCAGAGCGCGCAGCAGGUCGUCGUCGAGGCGGCGGGGGGGCUGCGCCCGGGCGCGCUGCAGGGGAACGCGUGGGAGGCGCGCAAGGUGCGCACCUGGCUGUGCCGGCACCUGACGCUGGACCUCCGGCCCGUCGGGGACUUCGUCGUGCUCCGCGGCGUCAACGAGGAGUACGUCUGGCACCGGCCCUACCGCAACCCGCGCGGGUACGUGGACGUGCCGAUGCUGAGGCAGUGGCUGAAGAACGAGGUGCUGGCGCAGGUGCACGCGCGGGGGAUCCGCCGCCGCGGCAUCGACGCCGAUGACAUCCGCCUGUCGUGCCGCGGGAAGACGGUGCGGAAGCACAGCCACGUCCGCCCCGGCGAGACGCUCGACUUCGAGGUCCCGCGCGCGGUGGAGGACGGCUUUGUGCGCGCGGAGGCGUGGCUGCUGCCGCUGAGCGAGACGUGCGUCGCGUGCGGCGACGACAAGCGCGUGUCGGAGAUGCCGGCGCGGCGGCGCGUCACGGCGGCUUGCGAGCACGACUCCGGCAUGUGCCGCGAGUGCGUCGGGCAGUGGAUCCGCGCCAGCCUCGACACGGCCACCUGGGACCGGCUGCGGUGUCCCGAGUGCCCGCAGCUGCUGUCCUACGAGCACGUGCGGGCGUUCGCGCCGCGGGAUGUCUUCGACCGGUACGAUGCGCUGGCUGUCAAGGCGGUGCUCGGGGGCAUGGAGGACUUUGCGUGGUGUCUUAAUCCGGCGUGCGAGUCGGGACAGAUAUACCCGCCGGGGUGUGCGAGGGCGAAGUGUAGUGCUUGUAAGCAUUAUCUGUGUGUUCGGCAUAAAGUACCCUGGCACAGUGGCGAGACGUGCGAGGAGUAUGAUCGCAGGACGAGGAGGCAGCGGAGGAAUGAUCAGGCGAGUGAGAAGCAUGUUAAGGAGAUCACGAAGCCGUGUCCGGGGUGCAAUAGGAAUAUCAAUAAAUAUGUCGGAUGCGACCACGUCACAUGCAUCUGCGGCCACGAAUGGUGCUGGCUCUGCUUCGGCGACUACUACCGCGACCAGCAAGACUUCCUGCAGUGCCACCACACACUCGAAUGCCGCUACCACGACAACCCGCCCAACUACGAGGGCGGGCGGGCAUUUAUGCCCUUUCUAAACAUCGGCGGCGGCAACAACAAUAACAACAACGGCGGUGGUGGUGGUAAUGGCAACAUCGUAUUCCCCUUCCGGCCGCGAGAAAGAGCGGCAGCCGGCGCCGACAAUAAUAACCGACCCGCAGCCCCCGGCCCUGUCGAAGGCGGCGACGGCGCCGCGCUGUUCCAGCGGUUUCUGCAGAGAAGGAAUAUGCACCGCAACCCGUUUGACCCCAAUGUCCGCGUUCAUUUGGCGAGGGAGAGGGAGCGGGAGAUCGACUUGGAUUUGGAUCCGGAUUUCUUUGAGGAGGCGAUGCUUUUUAAUAUGGGCCACUUGAUGCACCGUGCCGAGAGAGAUGGAUAG